GUGCACCACUAGAUGGAGCUGUAGGACUCUCAUGUCCACCAAACACAUAAAGCCGCAAACAAAUCUCAGGUAGUUUAAAACUGCUAAUCGACCUUUGAAAUAUCAGUGUGUGUAGAGACAGUUAACGAGACCAAGCUUUGCCUGUGUGACGUUUCUAACAGGCCCAGUAAACAUGAUGAAAAUCACGGAUACAACAGAUCAAUCAACAAAUUACACACAAGACAACAUUCCCAUCUGUCGCCUUUCCCUCUGUGCGCGUAUGUGUGUGUUUUCUUGUGUCCAUGGGGUGGUCUUCACACACACACACACGCGCGCGCGCGCGCGAAGCAGGUAAGCCAAGAAGCAGAGGAAGGUGGACAAGCGGAAUUUCGCUCUAAGAGGAUUAUCGCUGUGGUUAGUCGCCCGCCGGCGUGUCGAUGGACGCCCGACUCGCCGGUUGGAACGCAGCUCACCGCGACGUCAGGCAGCACUGACCUGCGGGAAACCGGGCGAGGAAACGGGUCACACUCGGGAGUGGCGGGACUCUGUUUGAACCGGCGGUAUUUGUAGGUAAACAGCGACAUUAUGCCGGGAGCGCACGGGAAUCCGUCAGCUGGACCGCGUCUGCACCGGAAUCAGGUGUCCUGAGGGGGUUUGUUGUCGUCAGGCCGUUCCAGACAUGAAGACCCGACCUGCGGGCAUCGGCAAAGUCAAUGCCGACUGGAUGGGUUCGCUCCCUUCCAAGCUCAGUGCCAUGCCUCUCAAACACCUCGCCGUGCCAGGGUCUCACGAUUCUUUCACCUUCUGGGUGGACGUGCAUGCUCCUGUGGGUCCCGAUCAGAAGCCGUAUGUGAAGUACCUGGCCACUAUGUUCAGCGUCUUAGCCAAGAAGGUCAUGGUGAAGUGGUCCAUGACCCAGAAUCUGACAUUUCAAGAGCAGCUGGAUGCAGGAAUCCGCUACUUUGAUCUCAGGGUCUCCUCUAAACCAGGCGAGCCAGGAAACGAGAUCUACUUCAUCCACGGUCUGUUUGGCCACAAGGUGAGGGAUGGUUUGUUAGAGAUUAACUCCUUCUUAAGCAGACACAGGAAGGAGGUGGUGUUUCUAGACUUUAACCACUACUACGCGAUGGACGCAGAGCAUCAUGUGUACCUCAUCAACAUGCUCCAGGAAGUGUUCGGCAGCAGGCUCUGUCACAACUGUGCAGUGGAGGCCAUCACUCUGGACUACCUCUGGGACAAGAGACAGCAGGUGAUUGUGUUCUACCAUCACCCAUCAGCUCAGGGCAUCUCGGUCAUGUGGCCUGGCAACGCGAUUCCUGCUCCCUGGGCCAACACCACCGAGCCCAACAAGCUCAUACAGUUCCUGGAAACUACGCUGAAGGAACGUGCCAAGCAGGGCUCCUUCCACGUGUCCCAGGCCAUCCUCACGCCCAGGGUUAACACUGUGGCCAAGGGCCUGGUCUGGGGGCUACGCAGCUACCUGGUGGAAAGAAACCUGCCAACCAUCAUAUCCUGGGUGGAGGCUCAGAGGCCCGGGGUAGACGGAGUCAACAUCAUCACCUCUGACUUUGUGGAGCUCACGGACUUUGCCAACAUUGUCAUCAAACUCAACAACCUGCUGCUGUCAGAGCAGGGCCACAAGCCAAGAUGACACAUGUUUGCCCAGCGGGACAAAGUGGUGGCGCAGGUUGGAAGUCGGAUUGCAGGGUAGCAGUUCUUACAUAACUCACCAGUCCGGGGAAUUAGUUUCUAAAAACAUACUGUGAAGUUAGUUUCAAUAAUGAUAUAUAACAUAACAUUAGUGACUUCUUCUCAUCAACUGACAAGGUUUCAUUUCUUCAUUGAGUACACUUAAGCAGUGAGAAGCACAGGGACCCUGUAGGAUGAAACCUUAGAGACACUGAAAUGACGUAAAACCUUUAAACCGUGCAGGAACUCAUUAACUAACUUUGGAACGUGAACAAAGUCCAAAAGAAGGAAUGAAACUGGGGCUCAGGUCACAGACACCACAGCAUUUUGUUUUUACCACAGUCAUAAGUCAUACAACAGUCUCAUUUCUGGAUUUCUUUCCCUCACAUGCCCUUCUGUGGAACAACUGGGAAUACAUCACAUCCUUACUGGCAAUGCAGUACAGACUCACAGCUACGUGCCACCUCAACAAUGGUCACAUGACUCAGGGAUUUAAUGGUUUAAAUACCUUGAAUCUUACAAAUCAGAGAUUUUUUUAUAAACCAGAAUCACGUAUUGCACUUCUUCUUUUGGCUUUUUGAAAUACUGCAAGUGUAAGUAUGUAGUCACAGCUUGUGUACAUUGUAAUGAAACAUGGUCAGGAGAAAUGUAUGGUUUACACUCACACAUCCAACAGAAAAUGCUUGACAUGGUGGCUGUAACAUUUGUUUACAUUGCAUUUCAAACCCGUUAAUAAUUAUAAACACUCGGCCUGUGAACUAAAGUUGCACUUUGUGUUUUUCCAGUAAUUAAAUGACCAUAACUGAAAAGUACAGGCUGUAGUAUUUUUGUUUCUAUGUUAAGCAAAGUUGGGGUGGCACAGUGGUGCAGUGGUUAGCACUGUCGCCUCAUAGCAAGAGGGUUCCAGGAUUGAAUCCCGGUCUGGGCCCUUCUGUGUGGAGUUUGCAUGUUCUCCCUGUGCCUGCGUGGAUUUUCUCCGGGUCCUCCAGUACUUCCUCCCACAAUACCAAAAACAUGCACAUUAGGUUAAUUAGCUACUCUGCAGUGGUGUGAUGUGUGUGAUAGUUGUCUGUUGGCCCUGCGAUUGACUGGUGACCAGUCCAGGGUGAACCCCACCUCUCACCCGUAGUCAGCUGGGACAGACUCCAGCCCCCCCGCGACCCUGACGGAUAAGCGGUAUAGAAAAUGGAUGGAUGUUAAGCAAAGUUGUGUGUUAUGAAGGAGGAGAGUCUGUGUCCCUGCGGACUUUUAGUUGGACCAUCUAGUUCAACUAGAGAUGCAAACAGUGGCUCCUCAUAGGGGCAACUGCAGACACCUAUAAAUACACACACACACCUUUAAACGUUUACAGUAUUUUUGCUCAGUAUUUUUUCACUUCCAUUGUUUAAGUAGACAUGCAGAAAUAGAAAUGAUUUAAAAGUAUGUAGGGAUAAUGCAUACAUGUAGAAGUACAUUUACAGUACAAUUUAUGACCAUGUCUAGCAUAUGUCAAGGUUCAAUAAAACAGGCCGUACUACACGCAUGCGGUGGUCGACUGAAAUGGCUUGUGUGUAUAUCUGUGUGUGUAUCCGCAUCAGUGUGUGUUACUGUGUUUGUGACUGUGCCUUGUGGGCUCAGUGAUUACUAUGCA